AUGGAUACAUCCGCAUCCUCCACUGGAUACGCAACAGAGCUCAAGGGGCUAGUAUUAGCGCUACAAAUGGUUUCCGACAUACACAAAUCGUCCAACCGCCCUGUCAAAUGCGCCAUGUUCACCGACAACCAAGUCGCCAUCCAAGCGUUACAAAACCCCAAGUGCCCGUCAGAAUAACACAUCCUCAUCGAUGCGAUACGAGCACUCGAAGGAGUCCGUAGCCGAGGAU